AAUUAAAUAUUUUUUUUUUUUUUUUUUUUUUUAUUGAAACAAAAUAAUGUGUAUAUAGCUUCAUUCAAACAACAAAGACUCGUAACCAAUUACAGAAAGAAAGAAACAUUUGAACUUCUCACCGCAUAAUAAUAAUAAUAAUAAAUAAUAAACCCACAUGAAGAUUAUUAUUAUGAUUGGUAUGUUUGUGUGCCUGGUAGCACAGCUCUCUGUGAAGGUAGAAUCAAUAAGCAGAACAGAUUUUCCAGAUGGGUUUAUUUUUGGAACUGCUUCUUCAGCUUUCCAGUUUGAAGGAGCUGUAGAUGAAGGAAACAAAGGAGAUAGCAUAUGGGAUACCUUCUCAAGAAUUCCAGGAAGAAUAUUGGACUUCAGUAAUGCAGACACGGCUGUGGAUCAAUAUCACCGAUUUCAGGAUGAUAUUGACUUGAUGAAGGAUUUGGGAAUGGACUCUUACAGAUUUUCCAUAUCUUGGUCAAGAAUUUUCCCAAAUGGAUCAGGGGAACCAAAUGCAGAGGGAAUAAAAUAUUAUAACAGCUUCAUUGAUGCUUUGCUGAAGAAAGGAAUCCAGCCUUUUGUAACUCUAUAUCAUUGGGAUCUUCCACAGAUGCUUGAAGAUCAAUAUGAAGGAUGGAUUAGCACACAAGUAAUAAAAGAUUUUGAGCAUUAUGCCUAUACCUGCUUCGAAGCUUUUGGUGACAGAGUUAAGCAUUGGAUUACUUUCAACGAACCGCAUAAUUUCGCACUCCAUGGGUACGAUUUAGGCAUUCAAGCACCUGGAAGGUGUUCACUUUUGGGCCAUCUUAUAUGUAAGAAGGGAAAAUCAUCAACUGAACCAUACAUUGUUGCUCACAACAUUCUUCUAUCUCAUGCUGCUGCCUAUCAUUGUUACCAAAUGCAUUUUAAGGAAAGACAAGGAGGUGAAGUAGGAAUAGCAUUAGAUGCUGUUUGGUAUGAACCAAUAACUGAUCUUGAUGAAGACAAAGAUGCAGCAUCAAGAGCCAUGGACUUUUCACUUGGAUGGUUCCUUGACCCACUUUUCUUUGGAAAAUAUCCUCAAACAAUGCAAGAACUUGUAGCUGAGAGAUUACCAGAGAUUUCUGAUGCAGACUCAAACUUUCUUGUGGGAUCCUUAGAUUUUAUUGGCAUAAAUCACUAUACAUCGAUAUAUACUCGUAAUGACAGGACCAGGAUUCAUAAAUUCAUAAUGCAAGAUGCUUCAUCUGAUGCAGCUGUCAUUACAACUGCAUACCGCAAAGGAGCUAUAAUUGGAGAAAGGGUAUGCUCAAAAGAAAAAUUCAAGGCAGCAUCAAGUUGGCUGCACAUUGUGCCAUGGGGCAUCCGAAAGAUAGUAAAUUAUGUGAAUAGAAAAUAUGGUAACACACCUAUAAUUAUAACAGAAAAUGGAAUGGAUGACUCUAACAUUAUACCCUUUACGACCUUAGAUAAGGCCUUAAAUGAUGAAAAGAGGAUAAAUUAUCACCGGGACUAUCUCUCUAAUUUAUCUGCAGCUAUAAGGGAAGAUGGCUGCAAUGUUAAAGGUUACUUUGUGUGGUCGUUGCUUGACAAUUGGGAAUGGAAUUCGGGCUACACUGUCCGGUUUGGACUUUACUACGUGGAUUACAAGAAUAACCUUACUAGGAUACCGAAAGCUUCGGUGACAUGGUUCAAAAACAUGCUCAGAUUAGAACGAGAAAUGACAAGUCAAAGUUAAUAUAUUGUUAUUUCUGUCACUGCAAACCGCUCCUUGAAUAUUUAUUAUAUUUAUUAUGUAUUACUAAUUUUACAAUUAAAA